CUGAGAUUGAGAAAUGGGAGGAUAAUAUAAACCAAUGUGCUUAGAGCUGACCUUAUUCGGUUUAUUCCUUGGCUCUAUGAGGCUAUGUCUGACUUAACCUAACCUAAUCCAACCUACCCCAACGUACCCGAAUUCCCGCGUGAAAGGCUUAACCUCGUAAAUAGGCGUCACGCCGUAGCUCGCGUCAAACGAUAUAGAGCAAAAGUCUCGCGUUUUCUGGGGAUUGUUGCGUGUGAUUUGUGACAAAUAUUCGGUACAGAGUAGCACAGUGUGACGGCGGUAAUGGAAGAAGCUAUCGUAACACCACCCACUUAUAAGCUAAACUUUUCCGAGCAGAUUUAUUGCGUCGAGUUGUCACCCUUUGAAUGGUCGCAACGUUUAAUUUGUAUUGCUCUCAACGGCAAGAUUACUGUCGGGAUUGUAAAGUUCCAGGAUGAGGACGACGAUGUUGAAGACAUUGAUUACUGCCCGAUUCGAACGUUUCAUCAUGAAACGAGAGCAGACGCGCUUUCCUGGAGUCCAGAAACCUCCCUGAGUGUUGUACCAAAAGUUCUAGCCUUCUGUGUUGCUGGGGCAGAUUUCAAGAUACGAUUGUACAACAGUAAUUUAAACGACAUCAAUACAUACCAAGUUCUAGAUGGGCACACAGAUUACAUCAAUUCGAUCUCUUACGAGCUGGAAGGUGAUAUCCUGGCCUCAGUCUCCGACGAUCAUACCUGUAAAUUGUGGGACACCAAAGAGGACAAAAAAUGUAAUAUUACAUUUUAUCUAACAUCUCCAGGCAUGUCUGUAUGCUGGCACAAAGAAGAAACCGGCAAGUUGUUGGUAGCUGAAAAAAAUGGAUCGAUACGAAUGUACAACAUUAUAAGCCAGCAGGCGAUAUUGUCUCUUGACACCGGUGUUACACCCCUCAUGUCUGCUGAUUGGGGGGCAAAUCCGCUGAAGGUUGCAGCUAUGGCAGCUGGUGAGCUACUAGUUUGGGAUGUAUCCAGACCUAGCCGGCCUAUGGAAUCCCGACCCCUGCACGUGGAAGGAGGACAGAUGAUCAAGUUUUUCCCAGCCGUCGAAUAUUUACUUGCCAGCAUCGGAAGGCCUGAUAAUCAACUCAAAGUGAUAAAUUUGAAAUCCAAACAAGUAGUUCUUACCAGUCCAUUGAAGCUUGUUGGCGGAAUGAGCUGGCAUCAUAAGUUACCCUUAAUCUGUGCGGGCAAUGACAGAGAACUUUGGUUUUGGAAAGUGAAUCUAAAGUAACUUACUGGACACAUCAAUCAUCCGUCGGAUGGUGAAAUUGUGGAUUUUCUACAUGACAUGACUUGU